UCCUGAGGGCCAUUUGUUCUUAGGCCUUGCUUCCAUUCGAUCUCCUUCUGCUCUGUUUUCCCCCAUAUAUAUAUAUAUACCACGGCAUUAGCAGCUCCCAUCAAUACCAGUACUGUUUCACUCAGGAUUCCAAACUCCUUCAAACGAGCAGUACUCAAAGCACACAGAUGAGGACUUCCUCCAUGGUCAUGGCCUCUCUCCUCCUCUUUCUGCUUCUGGCUACAAGAGCACAUGGGAUUAGGAUGGACAGGCAGCUACAUGACGCACUCAGCAGCAAGGAGCCGGCCGGCGAUUCGAAGGCCGCCGCGCAGCCAUCCGAACUCGCCGCCCAUUCGGCCAGCAAGCACUGCGCGUCCGAUGGGCGCUGCUCAGAUGCAGGAAAGGCGAAAAAGGCAGCGGCGCCGGCGCACGCUGCGAAGCAUCAUCAGCCCAUCCCGGGCGGCGGCAAGCGGGAGGAGGAGGAGGAGGAAGCGGCGCCGUCGUCGCGCGUGCUGCCGCGGCAGGAGAAUAAUGCGGCGGCGACGACGUACCCGGACAUCCUCGACAUCGCGGGCAUGGACUACACGCCGGCCAACAGAAAGCCUCCCAUCCACAACUGAUCAUAAAUAAAAAAGGCGCGAUAUAUGGAGUAGAUUAGUAAGUACUACUGCGCCAGGACUAGAAUAGUGCAUUGCGUGCAGCAAUGUGACGGGGCGGUCGACAGCGUUUGCAGGAAGUACGCUGCGCCUUUUGUGAAGACCGACUCGAGACGGACGGAGCGCGCCGCGGCAGUGUAACAUGCAUGCAUGCAUGUGUAACGUGCAACAUCGCCCUGUUGACCAACUUGAUCUCCGUCCAUUAAUUUUUGACGAUUUGCCCCAAUUGAUGCUCCAUCGGUCUGAGAAUGUGACUAUAUAUGCAUGGUCGAUCGGUGUAAGCGUGUGAAUUAAUUAAUGUAAUAUCGUCGUCGAUGAAAUUAUACAGUUAUUAUGUGCC